AUGUUCGCCUCGCUGCUGGACGCUGUCAAGGUUCCUCCGCCCUCCGAGGGCGUUCAACAGCGACCUCCGCGCUAUGCGGGCGAGGACACUACAUCGACGAGCCGCCGCGAGAUCCUGGGCUGGUAUGCCUACGGGAUGGCGGCGGAGGUCUUCGCGGUUUGCGGUGUAGGUUCAUUUCUGCCCCUCACUCUCGAGCAGCUGGCCCGUGAGCACGGCACCUUACAGAUGAGCCACCUGCCCUGUGUCGGCGACCAGACCGCAAACAAUGGCACGCAGCCUGUGGAGAAUGAGCAGUGCCUGGUUGGCCUGCUGGGGCUCCAGAUUAACACUGCGAGCUUCGCCAUGUAUACCUUCUCGUUGGCGGUGCUUGUCCAAGCUCUGACGUUGAUAUCGUUCAGCGCCUUGGCGGACUACGAGAACAAUCGCAAAACGCUGCUCAUGACAUUCGGUUUCAUCGGCUCCGCUACCAGCAUGCUAUUCAUGUUCAUCCCGCCGCCGGUGUUCUUCCUCGCCCCAAUCUUGGUGGUAAUCGGUGUGACGUGCCUCGGGUCGUCAUUUGUGGUGCUGAAUUCUUACCUCCCCGUCCUGGUGGCCAACGACCCGUCCAUCCAAGAGACAAAAAAGGAAGAGGGUGAAGAACUGUCGGAGUUGCAUCGGAACGAGGAUACUGCCGAUUGGAAUUCAUGGGGCGAUGAGGAAGAUAGUUUGGAUGGCGUUGCGGAGGAUCGCCAACAACCCCAUGCCCCGAACUCAUCAUCGCCGGAGCUCCAACUGUCGACCCGGAUCUCAUCGAAGGGAGUUGGUUUGGGGUACUCGGCCGCGGUAUUUGUGCAGUGUCUCAGUAUCCUGCUGCUGGUCACUCUCUCGAAAACAUCCCUGGCAAAGGCAUCCGGGACGCUUCCACUCCGGUUUGUGUUGCUGCUAGUAGGCAUCUGGUGGUGCGCAUUCACCUUGGUCGCUCGUCGAUUGCUACGCCCUCGACCUGGUCCGGCGUUGAGUACAUCCACGCCAAAUGGCUCUCACAGUCGCUGGCGGGUGUGGCUCCGGCUGAUGGGAUUUGCGUGGAAGUCCUUGUGGCGAACGGUGAAAGUGGCCAUGCGGCUGCACGAAGUGCUUCUCUUUUUGGUCGCAUGGUUCCUCUUGUCUGAUGCCAUGGCCACCGUCUCCGGCACAGCGAUUCUUUUCGCUCGGACGGAAUUGAAGAUGAGUACGACGGCGGUCGGACUGCUGUCAAUUACCGCCACUCUAUCGGGCAUGACCGGCGCCUUCUUGUGGCCGCACGUGUCCCGUCGUUUGGGACUAGAACCCAACCACACCAUCAUUCUCUGCCUCGCGCUGUUCGAGAUCAUCCCUCUCUACGGAAUGCUUGCCUACAUCCCAUUUAUUAAGAACUGGGGCGUCAUUGGACUACAACAGCCAUGGGAGAUCUUCCCCCUGGCUAUUGUGCAUGGAACUGUGUCUGGCGGUCUUGCAUCAUACUGUCGCUCCUUUUUCGGUCUUUUGAUCCCACCCGGCAGCGAGGCGGCGUUCUAUGCCCUCUACGCGGCCACGGACAAGGGGAGUUCGUUUAUCGGUCCUGCCAUCGUUGGGAUGCUCAUCGACGCGACAGGCCAGGUGCGCUCUGGGUUCUUCUUCAUCGCGGUGCUGAUUGUAUUGCCGAUCCCGCUCGUCUGGAUGGUAAAUGCCGAUAAAGGCCGUCGCGAGGCUAUGACUAUGGCCCAAUCCCUCGACGCUUCUCACGGGGGACCUGCAGAGGAUGCCCAAGAGGUGGAAGGGCUUUUGGCCCGUCAUGAAUAG